CCGUAUUUCUGUUCGCCCACUUCAAUUUAAUUUCAGGAUGGCUCUACUUUUGCUUGUCAUGUUAUUAAGUGUGGACAGCGGGGGGUCGGAGGUGGCACAGUUGUAUACAAACCACUGGGCAGUGCGCAUAGCAGGAGGUCCACAACAAGCGGAUCAGAUCGCAGCAAAAUAUGGAUACAGGAACCUGGGACAGAUAGGGAGUCUGGAUGAUCAUUACCAUUUCCACCACAGCAGAGUGGUUCGCAGAGCUGUGUACUCUUUGAAGGGCCCUCACAGCUUCAUUCACAUGGAUCCUAAGGUGGACUGGGCCCAACAGCAGGUAGUAAAACCCAGAGUGAAAAGGUAUGCCCAAAGUGACCCAAACAUCAUUCACUUCAAUGACCCUAAAUGGUCCAACAUGUGGUACAUUCACUGCAAUGAUAAGAGCCACCAAUGUCGCUCAGAGAUGAAUAUUAUGGCAGCCUGGCAAAGGGGCUACACCGGCAAAAAUGUGGUUGUCACAAUACUGGAUGACGGCAUCGAGAGGAACCACCCUGAUCUGGCUCAGAACUAUGACCACCUUGCAAGUUAUGAUGUCAAUGGAAAUGACCAUGACCCUACACCACGUUAUGACUCCCGCAGUGAAAAUGUACAUGGAACUCGGUGUGCAGGUGAAGUUGCAGCAGCAGCCAACAACUCCCACUGCAUCGUUGGGAUUGCCUACAAUGCUCAUAUUGGAGGGAUUCGAAUGCUGGAUGGUGAUGUGACUGAUAUAGUGGAGGCCAAGUCCCUGGGAAUUCGACCUGACUACAUUCAUAUCUACAGUGCCAGCUGGGGCCCAAAAGAUGAUGGCAAGACAGUAGAUGGUCCAGGGCCGCUAACCAAGCAGGCUUUUGAGCAAGGCAUCAAGAAGGGACGCAGAGGCCUGGGGUCCAUUUUUGUUUGGGCAUCAGGUAACGGAGGUCGGCAGGGGGAUCACUGUUCAUGUGAUGGUUAUACCAGCAGUAUCUAUACCAUCUCCAUCUCUAGCACCACGGAGAAUGGAAACAAGCCCUGGUACCUAGAGGCCUGCAGCUCCAUCAUGGCUACAACCUACAGCAGUGGGGAGUUUAACGAGAGGAAGCUUGUAACCACUGAUGUCUGGCAGCGCUGCACUGAUGGUCAUACUGGCACCUCUGUCUCUGCUCCCAUUGUGGCUGGAAUUAUAGCUCUCGCCUUGGAGGCUAACCUUUUGCUCACAUGGAGGGAUGUGCAACAUCUUCUGGUGAAGACUUCCAGACCAGUCCACCUGAAAGCUGAUGACUGGAAGACCAAUGCUGCUGGAUACAGAGUCAGUCACCUGUAUGGUUUCGGUCUAGUGGAUGCAGAGGCCAUGGUGCUGGAGGCCACAAAAUGGAGGACUGUUCCUCCUCAGCACAUCUGCACUCAGAGGCCUGAGCGACGCACCAGGCACAUCCAUGUUGGCCAAAGCUUGAACAGCAGCAUCACUGCCUCUGGAUGCUCAGAAGAGCCUGAGCAGCAUGUGGAUUACCUGGAACAUGUGGUGGUCAAGGUCCUGAUUGUCCACCCACGACGAGGAGACCUGGAGAUCAACCUUAUCUCUCCAUCUGGGACAAGAUCUCAGCUACUGGCCAAGAGGUUGUUUGACAGUUCCAAUGAGGGCUUCAGAAAUUGGGAGUUCAUGACAGUUCAUUUUUGGGGUGAGAGGGCAGCAGGCACGUGGUCUCUGGAGAUUAUUGACUCACCCUCAAGGCUGCGCAAUCCUGAGGUGCUGGGCAACCUAAAAGAGUGGACUCUGACCCUUUAUGGUACAUCUCAGAACCCUUACCAGCACUUCAGUGUUCAGCACGUCCCUUCGAGGAUGUUGGAGAUCCCAACACCAGAGGAGAUCCUGGAGGAGCCUGAGCUCCAGAAGGAGGAAGAAGAAGAUGAGGAGUACAGUGGUGAGAGAUUUUUAAAAAAAAAGUUUGGUCUUUAUGAAGGACAAUGCCACAGUGAGUGUGGAGACCAAGGCUGUGAUGGACCAGAUGUUGCCCACUGUCUCAACUGUGUCCACUUUAGCUUGGGCAGCUUGAAAAGUGGCAGAACCUGUGUGAGCCAUUGUCCACUGGGACACUACGGGGACAUAGCAUCUCACCGCUGUAGACGCUGCCAUAAAAGCUGUGAGAGAUGUGUAGGUCGUUCAGCUUGUGUCUCCUGCAAAAGAGGCCUUUACCUCAACACACUCAACUCCAGCUGUAUCAACACCUGCCCCCCAGGUUACUUUGCUGAUGAGAAUCAGAAACAGUGUCUAAAGUGUCAUGACACCUGUAUGACAUGUCUGAGGUUUGCAGACAGAUGCACUGCUUGCAGAGAAGCCUACAGUCUGGCAGGGAUGACUUGUGUUCCUGAAUGCACCAAUGGAACUUUUUUCCAUCUGGAAGACAUGACGUGCAGUCCGUGCCAUUCCUCUUGCAGGACUUGUACAGGGCCAGGUAAGGAGGAGUGCAUCCAGUGUGCUGAGGGCUACCUGCAGCAGGAGUGGAGGUGUGUGCAGGACUGUACUCCUGGAUAUUUCUCUGGAGAGGCAGCUGGGCUCCCUCAUAAGAUGUGCCACAGAUGUGAGGAAAACUGUCUGAGCUGCAGUGGUCCUGGAACAACAUGUACCAAAUGCAAAGCAGGGUACAGUCUAAUCAGCAGGACUUGUAUAGUGAAUGCAUCCUGUAAUAAUGCUGAUGAGGUGUUCUGUGAGAUGGUGAAGUCCAACCGUCUCUGUGAAAGGAAGUUUUAUCGUCAGUUCUGCUGCCGUACCUGUCUGAUGAAUGGAUGAGAUGCCCCCUGCCUAUAUCGCCUUCUGUCUUAUUCUCAAUCAAUGGAGAAAAAUAUGCCUACUAAAGUAUUACAGUUUGACAGUUUGCUCACACCUUAGUUAAAUAAUUACUGUUUUCCAUCACAACAGGUCAUUUAACGUUUUACAAAAUGAGGAUCUGAAUGGAGUGAAGCACCCCAGUUGUUUUUCUGCAAGUUGCUGACAGCAAAUGUGACAUCCAUAGAUAAUUUUUAUCAACUGUAGUAUGUGGAGUAUUCUAGUAUUCCACAAAGUGAGAUACUUGGUGCUAAACACGUCAAAAAAUAAACAAACACACACACACACACACACACACACACACACACACACACACACAUACACACACACACACAUCCAAACAGUAUAAUAAGGGUGCAGUUUGUACUGUGGAAAAUCAUUGUAAUCAUGAAUUGUAUUUUAUUUCUGGUUAAUUCUUU